AUGAAUGGAUCAGGAUUCGAUUGGUUGAAUAUACCUUCAUCAAAUAAUAGUGGAGCUGGUAGUCCGGCACCACCACCAGUUUCAUUUGGGUAUUCUAAUUCAAAUUCAGAAUUGAGUACUCAUAGCUCUAACAACGGUGGAUCAGGGAAUAAUUAUUAUUUUGCUAAUUCACUGGCUGAUCACUUACCAAAAUCAAAAUCAUAUACUGAAACAAAUAAUCAUUCGAGCAACAAUCAGGUGAGUGGACAUUCAAAUGUGCAAAUUGAAGAUGAUUCAAGUAUACCUCUUUCAUUGACGGCACAGGAAUUGACAUUGGAAGAAACGAAGACUUAUAUGAGAUGGUAUAGUGAUAUUUUAGCAAAGACCAAUAGUCGAACCGUUUGUAUGAAUGAUGUUUAUCAGUUUCUAAAUAAUUUUAAAUUACCUUCCGAAUCUAAGGAAAAACUCAAUAGAAUAUUUCAUAAAAUUUUAAAUUCAAUUAAUAUUGGAGAAUUUUUUGCUUUAUUAAGAUUAGUUAGUCAUGUUCUACAAGGAUUAGAUCCUUCAAGAAGACUUAUUAAAGUACAAGCUCCAGUUCCAACCCCUCCAUCAAUUCUUUCAAAAAAGAGACAAAACGAUGAUAAUGAUUACGAUGAUGAUGACGAUAAUGUACAAUUUAAUACAGAAAACAAUCAAGCUAAUGAGAAAAAACCACUUGACCUAGACAGUUUUACACAAUUCAUGUUAACUGGACAAAGACCAGGUGAAGUUAAGAAAAAGAAAUCUAAAAAACUAAAAUCAGUAAAAUUCUCAGAUCAAAUAGUUACCGAUAUAAGGACUUCUGCAAAUUCUCCAAUCCCAUCACCAGAUCCUUCAUCUCAGUCUAUUGAUUAUUCUCUACCAAUGGAUCAAUUGCUUCAAACUCUCUCAAAUUCUGAAAAUGGUGGUCAAAAUAAUAGACAAUCAAAUAUAAAUAGAGUUUCAUCUCCUGAUGAAGAAGAAAAACAAAUUCUUAGAGAUAUGGAAUCCCAGAUUAAUCAUUUCCAAAAUGUUCAUUCUGUUGAUACGGCUUCGAUAGACGGUGUACCAGCCAACAUCAAUUUAGAUAACACUCCAAAUCAAUACUUAAAACCUAACAUGACCGGUCCAAAUCAAAUGUCUCAACAUUAUAAUUCGCUAAACGAUUCCAGGCAAGGAGAACCACUUUUGAAGCCAAAUAUGACUGGUCCAGCACAAAUGUCUCAAUAUAUUUCAGGUAAUGUAAAUGAAUAUUCUAGUAAUCCUGAUCAAAAUGAUUCUUCUCCUCUAAAACCAAAUUUCACGGGUCCAAUCGAUAUGGCUAAGAUGUUUGCACCGUCAACCCCUGAUGAUAAAGGUAAGGAUCAAAACCAACCGAAAAUCAGUCUUCUGGCUUUUACAGAUCAAAUGACCGGCAAUACAAUGAGUAAUACCCUUCAAAAUUCAAAAGUCACGGAUGAAGGCUCUCCUUCAAGAUCACCUUCCUAUAAUAAUAAUAAUAGACCAUUACCCCCACCUCCAGUCCCCAAUAUGAGAAGAACUAGAUCAAUAUCUACCCCCACACCUAGAGUAUCAUCACCACUAUCGAGUAAUAAGCUUUCAAUUCCCAACACAAGUGGACCACCUGUACCUCCAAGAUCACCUUUACAAAGCUCCUCCCCAUUGCAAGAAGCCGCCGAAAAGCCCACGCCUCCUCCUCCUCCUCCAUCAAGACGUAGAGGCGCCGGUAGAUCAGUUUCCCCUGCACCACCGUUACCUCCGAAAGUAACGGUGAAUAGCCCAGAUCAACAAAUGCCGGUCUCAAAUCUGAAUAAUCCUUAUUCCAAUAAUGAGCAAUCCAGAAAUGAUAGCACUGCCAAUAUAUUGGAUGAUUUGAAAGCAUUGCAAGAGGAAGUCGACAAAAUUAGAGAUUUGACAGGUGGUUUCUAA